CUGCGCUUGAUCGGGCCAUCCACCAGUGCUACUCGACUCGCCACUGCUCCACCUCUCGCCGACUACCACCCGCACCCGGCCCCGUCCCACCCUCGACCCCGCCCCUCCUCCUCGUCGCCUCUCUCUCGAGCCUUCUUCCGCAACCCGCGUCGCACCCGCUCGCCAUGGACGCCUUCCCGACAUCCAUCGCACCCGCCUACGGUGCACCCUCCCUCCUCGGACCCGGCGGUGAACCCCCGAAACGCGCCCACCUGUACAUCGGCAACCUGUCGCCCCGUGUCACCGAGUACAUGCUCCAGGAGAUCUUUGCCAUCGCAGGCCCCGUUCUCGGCGUCAAGAUCAUCCCCGACCGCUCGUUCCAGCACGGCGGCAUCAACUACGGCUUUGUCGAGUACCACGAGAUGCGCUCGGCCGAGACGGCGCUCCAGACGCUCAACGGGCGGCGCAUCUUUGACAUGGAGAUCCGCGUCAACUGGGCGUACCAGAACACCAACAUGCAGAAGGAGGACCUCACCAACCACUUCCACCUCUUCUGCGGCGACCUCUCGCCCGAGGUGACCGACUCGGUCCUCCAAAAGGCCUUCGAGGCGUUCGGCUCGCUGUCGGACGCGCGCGUCAUGUGGGACAUGAACACGGGCAAGUCGCGCGGGUACGGCUUCCUCGCCUUCCGCGACCGCACCGACGCCGAGCAGGCCAUCAACUCGAUGAACGGCGAGUGGCUCGGCAGCAGGGCCAUCCGCGUCAACUGGGCCAACCAGAAGAACAACUCGGGCGGCGGCGGCGGCGCGCCACCCAUGGGCGGCGCGGGAGGAGGGUUCGGCACCGGCGGCGCGAGCUACGAGGCCGUCCUGACCCAGGCCCCGCCGUCCAACACGACCAUCUACGUCGGCAACCUCGUCCCCUACGCGACCCAGGCCGACCUGAUCCCGCUCUUCCAAGGGUUCGGCUACAUCGUCGAGCUGCGCAUGCAGCCCGACCGCGGUUUUGCCUUUGUCAAGCUCGACUCGCACGAGAACGCCGCAAACGCCAUCGUCAACUUGACGGGCACCAUGGUCCACGGUCGCGGGCUCAAGUGCUCUUGGGGCAAGGACCGCGAGGGCCCGAGCGGCGGCGGCGGCGGCGGAGGAGGAGGAGGAGGGAUGGGCAUGGGUGGCAUGGGCGGCGGCAUGGGCGGCGGAAUGCAGAUGGGCGGCGGCCCUGGCGGCCCUCCUGGCGGGCCCGGCGGGUACGGCAUGUACGCCCCUGCGCCCGGCGGCGGCGCGCCGCCGGCCCCGAACGGCGCGGGCGCACCUGCCGGCGCACCUGCGGCGCCGCAGGACCCGGCGGCGGCGGCGGCCGCCAUGCGCCAGUGGGAGCAGCAGUACGGCGCGCAGUGGCAGGCGUACCAGCAGCAGCAGGCCAUGCUCGGGCAGGGCGGUGCGCCGGGGGCGCCGCAGCCCUGA